CGCACGAGUUACCAACUUGUGCGCACAAGAUAGUAACUUGCGCGCACAAGUUAGUAACUCGUAGUUAGUAUAUUGUAAUCAAUAGUUACACGUGUUUAUAGCAUGGGCACACUAUGCUUUAUGGAAGGCGAUCCUGCCGGACAAACAUUCUAUAAAUUAAGGUAAUUUUUAACAUAGGUAGAAUUUUACUGACUGUAUUAAUUCAGAGAAAAGUAAUUAGGAACAGUGUGUAAAACGAAGUUACUAUUCAAUAAGAAACUUAUAAUUCUUAUUCCUUUUUUAUGAAUUCCAAUGUAAACGGGUUAUUUGUUCGUAAGAGGGCCCCCCGGGGUACACUUAGUUUGUUUUAAUGCACUGACACUCAAGUUAUGUUAUUUCUGUCGUGUAAAUUAUUGUGUCGUGAAUGGGCUACGGGUAUCAUAUUACACCGUUCCUUAUUUGCUGCUUAACUUGAUACAUAUAAACAUUUAACAUUUUGGUGUAUUAGAUAGGCGGUAUAUCUUAUUACCAUCGACGUCACUGAGAGGAUAUUGAAACGAUGUUCAUCGAGUACCAAAACUAGUCAAUACUAUGUUUAUGGCCUUAGUCAUGUUAGUUAUGGCUGUAUAAACUAGCCACAAUUUAGACGAAACGGCCGUCUGGCAUUGAUACCAAAUUUUAUCCUAGGGGCGGAUUCAGACAUUUUAAAAAGGGGGGUCCACACCCGUAACAAAUAGAUUAUUACUAUGACGACACAUCAAAGUUUCGUUUCUUUAGCGAUACUUAUCGCCAGUCAUUAGUCACUGUGAUCAAUUAUACUCAUUUAGGAUUAACAUUCGACCCACGAUGCUCGAUAGUAAUACUAGUUUACAAAUCUUUGAAUUGAAGUAGUCACAUUUUAAACAGCUUACUUUAUUACAGGUGUCAGAUCAAAUAAUCAUGACCACAAAUGAUUUAGCUAUCAUUAUUUCAACCUACUUUAGCCUAGGUUUGCAAUAUGAAGAAAUUAUUGGUUUGUUGGCUCAAAGACAUAAUGUUAUUUUAUCUAUGAGAACUUUGAAAAGACGCUUAGCUUCGUAUGGAUUGUACAGACGAAAGAAUUUUUCGGAUAUUUUCCAAGUUGCUAUGUUUAUCUUCGAACAACUAAAGUCAUCUGGUUGUCUCCAUGGAUACCGUUGGAUGCAUUCGAGAUGCUUACAGAAUGGUUUUAUUGUCCAAAAGGAGAUGGUAAGAAUCCUAUUAGGCAUAUUGGAUCCUUCUGGCGUUGCUGCGAGAGUUAAGCGCAAACUAAAAAGAAGGCACUAUAGAUCCAAGGGUCCCAACUACAUAUGGCACCUUGACUCAUAUGAUAAGUUAAAACCGUAUGGAAUUUGUGUCAACGGAUGUAUAGAUGGGUUUUCAAGGUUUAUAAUUUGGUUACGUGUUGGUAGAAGCAAUAAUAACCCACGAAUUGUAGCGGGAUUUUAUGUAGAAGCUUUGACUUCUUUAGAAAGGGUACCACAUUCAAUACGAUCAGACAUGGGAACCGAAAACAGUUAUAUUGCUGAAAUGCAGUCAUUCUUAAGGAGGAAUGGUCCCGGAAGCAGAACAGCUUUUCUCUAUGGAACAAGUCAACACAAUCAACGUAUAGAGAGCUGGUGGGGAAUACUUAGAAAAGAAUGUGUACAAUUUUGGAUGGAAUUCUUUGAACAGAUGAAGCAAGACGGCUACUUCACAGGCGACUUCAUCGAUAAAAGUCUGAUACAAUAUUUUUUCAUGGAUAUUAUCAGAAAAGAGCUUGAAAAUGUCGUUGAAACAUGGAAUGCACACCGAAUUCGCAAAUCGAAGCAUUGCGACAUAAACGGGCGUCCAAUGGUCUUAUACCAGGCACCUUUCUUGAAAGGCACCGAGGAUUAUUCACUACCUUUGGACAAUGUCGAACUAAAUGCUUGUGCCGAGGAGUGUGACUUCGACGAUUCAGACUGUGACAAUGACAUUUUGGACCUGGCUGACAUAUUAAUGGAGGAAAACAGCUGGACAAAAACAAGAGAUCCCUAUGACAGAGCCACACUUUAUUUACAAAUGAGGGAUAUAAUAAAACAAAAUUUAUAAUUCAAUAUUGGUUUUAUUAAUAUUAUAUUUAUUUAUAAAUUUACUAAAAUAAAUCUCUCUACAUUAAACAUAUACAACUUGAAAAAUGUUUUAGCAUGAACAGACAAUCGGAUUAUUUGGCAUGCGUCAAUGAGGCAACGUUCCAUGCAAUAGCAUAGAACAUGAAAAAAAAUGGGGUCAUCUGGUGACACGGAUUAAGAUUAUAUACCACAUCACAUGACGUACCCGACACCGAAAAGAAUGUAUUAAAGUUUUACCAAAUUCCAAAAUCAACAGUAUUAUAAUAUGAAAUUGACUACAAGCUUUCGAUUUUUUUUCUCAUUUCCUGAAUUAAGUAUUGUUUAGACAUCUUCGUGAUAUUUGUCAAUUGAAAUUACAAGAAGCCGGAAUAGUAUUUUUUUUAUUAAGAUAAGACCCGUAAUUUUAGGUGUGUAUAUCUUUCAUCAGUGAUGCUGUGAUAUAUGAUACCUAAAGCACAUUGUACUGAUGAGCAUCAUUUGCUCAAAGUAUUAAAGAAUAGAAUUACUAGUAAUACUCUUACUAUGCGACAUGCCGUUUUAUGAUUACAAUCAUCACAGU